AGGUUCGGUUGGCCGGUUACUACGGAGCUGUUCUCUUUUGCGCUAGACGGUCGUGUGGAGGUUGUUUCAGUGUUGUCCGUUGCUCCUUGAGGGAGGGACAGAAAGGAGUUGGAGAUGGAAGAUAGCUACCGCUAUGAAGCAAUCAUAAUAACAGAGGACGUUAACUGAGGCAAGCCACAAAGCAGGGUCUCGUAGGCUACAGAAAGGUGUGAUAAUGAUUUCCUAUCAGCUUUAAAUGUAGCUUCUAAUCGACUUGAUCAGGGAGGCUGUUACACACCUCUGGAGCAGGUGGGACUUGAACCUAGACCUCCUUGUCCAGAGGGCUGGACAAUGCUGAAUGCUGGCUUCCUGAAGUCUGUGCUGCCGGCCUCCGCCAGAGGCUUGAUCCGAAAUGGACUACUGCGGGGUGCGGCCACCUCCGGCAUGUCUCAAGUUUUGUUUAUUCUGGAAACUAAACAGAUGCCUGCUGUGUUCAUCUUGGAUGUUGAUCAAACUUCCGCUUCUCUAUGUUUUAGAACAUGUUGAACUUUUUUCACAAGGUUUCAAGCAAGCCAACAUUGUGAUAUUGGACAAGAAAUUUGCAGAUGACUUUGAGCAGUUUUGCUUGGCAAAUAGUGGACCGCUACCAUUACUAUACAGGAGUAAACCUGGCGAAUGGAGUUCCCCACCACUCAGCACCAGUUCUGAUAUCAGAACUGAUUGCCCCCAGUACAUCAAGUAUGAGAGAGGAAACGCCACAGGCAAUCUGAGCAGCCUUGUGGAAUACACUGAGCAGUUAAAGGACAUGGUUACAUUUUACCUGGGAUGCAGCUUUUCCUUCGAGAGUGCCCUCCUCGAGUCUGAUGUUCCAGUAAGAAACAUUGAACAAGGACGUAAUGUCAGCGCUUUCAAGACAUCUAUUCCAUGUGUCAGUAUUGGUGAUUUCCAGUGUAACAUGGUCGUCACUAUGCGACCUAUCCCUGUGGACAAGCUUGAUGCAGUUGUUCAAGUAACCCAUCGCAUGAAAGAUGCUCAUGGUGCCCCCGUGCAUAUUGGCCACCCAGGAUUAAUUGGAAUUGAAGACAUGUCAAACCCAGAUUUCGGAGAUGCAGUUGAAGCACAUCCUGGUGAUAUUCCAGUCUUCUGGGCCUGUGGAAUCACUGCAUCAGAAGCCGUUUGCAACUGCAAUUCUGCUCUGGCUUUCACCCAUGCUCCUGGCUGCAUGUUCAUUACUGACCUGCAGAGUGAGCAGGAGGUAGCCAGCGACUAUGCAGCUGAUGCAGAAACCCCACGUGUUUUCUGCAUUUCUCAGAAUCCACUCCACUACAGUAUUGUCUCAGUUACUGCUGUUGAAAAAUUCAAGGCCCUGGACAGUCUGAUUCAGCAAGAUCCAGGCAACCGAGGGAUCAAGCAUUUGUUAAUUGAAAACCAGCUGCUGAAAGCCUGCCUCUCUCUGUCAAAUGCAAAAUCUGUGCUCAUAACCACUGGAUUUCCAACCCACUUCAAUAACCAGCCUCCAGAAGAGACAGAUGGUCCUCCAGGAGCUAUUGCUAUAGCAGCCAUGUUGCAAGCCCAGAAGAAAACUGUUGUCAUAGUAACAGAUCAGAGAGCCUUGGAGAUGAACAAAAAGAUUAUUGAAGAAGCUGUUGAGCAAGGAAGGUUAAAAACUCCUAUCCCUGUUAUUAGCUUCCAAGAUAAUGGCAAGGAUUCAGCCCUCGUGUUCCUGUGUCAUGAUGGCAAUCCCCAGUCUCCGAGGUUCGAUCAUCUCAUAGCAAUAGAACGAGCUGGAAUGGCUGCAGAUGGCAAUUACUAUAACGCACGGAAAGUAAAUAUUAAACACUUGGUGGAUCCUAUUGACCAGCUAUUCGUAACAGCACAGGACAUCCCUGGAAUUGCCACAACAGGCAUUGGAGAUGGAGGGAAUGAACUCGGAAUGGGAAAGGUGAAAGAGGCUGUGAAAAAAUACAUUAACAAUGGGGAUCUCAUAGCUUGUGAUGUUGGAGCAGAUUUUACAGUUAUUGCAGGUGUAUCAAACUGGGGAGGUUAUGCUGUAGCCUGUGGUCUGUACAUUCUCAACAGCUGUGCUAUACACGAACGCUACCUACGCAAAGCAAUUGGGUUUCCUAUGACCUCUGAAAUGGUUGGCUAUGUCUCAGCACUGCCCACUGUCCAGAAGGAAGAAAAGCUGCUGGAGUUGUUGGUGAAACAUGGAAUUCGAAGUGGAAAAACUGGGAAUCUAGGAAUGGAAGUGGAUGGCUUGCUCUUCCAUGAUACACACUCCUCUAUGAUCAUACAGCUGCUGGAAAUCACUCUGGGAAAAUCAACCUGAUGCACAAAGAUAGGAAAGUUCAAAAUAGAACUCAUACAUUAAUGCCAACCUUUUAACUAAGCAACUUCCAGUUAAGUUUGCAUUAAUUCAUGUAAUAAUUGUUUCAUGACAGGUAGGUGGUAAUGUAGUUAAACUUUCGAUUAAUUUCAUGGUUGUAUUGUAUUUCCAAUUUUAUUUCAAGAAUACAAUAUUUUCCUCCCACAGAAUAGGUUAUCCCAGAGAAUGUGUUACUUGUUUCUAAUCUUAUUCUUUAGGUAAUUGUUCUUUUGCAUAUUCAUUUUAUCUCUGAACACUGUAAAAAUUAAUGAAGAAGAAAGGCCAAGCUUAGGAAAUAUUCCUCUCACUAGAGUAUUUUAUAAUUUUGGGCACAAGCUUUGUCAACUUUUGCUGUUCCAGGGAAAUGAACACCAGCCUAUUCAAACUUCCUUCAUAGGUCAAACUCUCCAUGCCAGGCAGCAUCCGGGGUAAAUCUCCUCUGUACGCUUCAUAGUGCAAUCACAUGCUUCCUAUACUGUGGUGACCAGAACUGCAUGCAGUACUUCAGUUGUGGCCUAACCAGCAUUUUAUACGGUUAUAGCAUAGCGCCCCUGCUGUUGUAUUCUGUGCCUCAGCUAAGAAAGUCAAGUAUCCCAUAUGCCUUCUUAACCAUAUUAUCUUACUGCCUUGCUACCUUCAGGGAUGUGGAUAGACACACCAAGAUGCCUCUGAUUUCAAUAGAUUCCAUGGUCCUACCAUUCAUCAUGUAAACCCUCGUCUUGUUAGCACUUUUCAAGUGCAUUACCUCUCACUUCUCAGGAUUGAAUUCCAUUUGUCACUGCUCUACCCACCCAACCAAUCUUUUCUGCAAAAAUGUUGUCCUUAUUAUAUCCAUAUCUGAGUACAAUUUUAGACUAAAAGGGAGAAAGAGGACUUAAUUCUUUGUAACACACAAUAAAAUAUUGAAGUCAGUAUUGAUUGCAAAACUAUGGGUAACUAAAUCAUUUGGUCACAACUUGAAUUUAUAUUUAUCAUAGAUGGUGGAUCUUCAAGUUUGGAGAGUAGCUAAAACCAAAAAGUUCCAUCUUAAAGUAGCUUGUGGAUAUCAAACGUGGUAAUGGAAUGAAAUGAUUUCAGAGAAAAACACUGAUAUCACUGUAUCUAAAACAUACGACUCACAAACAAGUGAUUUAUCUUUAGCGAACAGUGAUUGGAAAAUAUUAUCUCUGAUCAUUGUCUCAUUGCUGUUUGUGAGACAUUACUGUGUGAAGAUAACCUGACACACUUUCUUACAUUAUAACAGUGAGUAGAAGACAAAAAUUACAUUUUUGCAGUAAAGUUGUGGAGUCCUGAGGGUGUAAAUAUGCUACAUAUAUGGAAGACAAUUUGGGGCAUGGUGAUUUGCUUCUUAGAAAGGUAUUAGAGUUUACAAAGAAGAUACAUUUCUCCAUCACAUCCUCUAUGUUGAUCAAUGUAGUUAUAUUUCCACAACAGAUAAGUUAUAAUAUAAUAUAAUUUCUAGAUUUUUGAUGUGCUUUUAGGCAUUUUCACUUCUGCGCCCCAUUUUUGGCCUUAGAACAAGUGUCUGUGUCAUUUAUUCCUCAACUAUAUCAAUUGUGCACGUUUUGCUUUGAAGACUAACAACUUUCUUGAGACAGUGAGGGCACAGAUUUCUGUGAUUGGAGUAUUUUAGAUCUUGUUACAAUUCCAUGCUGUGAACACCAAAUCAUUUGUUGAAACUUUGCAGUGAGCUAUUGGAACAAAACAGGACAUGCCUGGCAUAAUCAUCUGAUAGACACUCCCUCCCCCCCCACCUCCAUCCAUAGGUGGAGUUUAAAGUUUAGCAAAUUGCUAAGGUUGAAAAAGGCCCUGCUCUUUAAAGCACCACAAUAACAUCAGAUAUGGUGGCAGAACUAAAUGUUUUCAGGCUAGAUGCCACUCUAACAUUCUUUAACUUACCAUUGCUAAAAAUAAUUAUCUGACCACCAUCUCAUUGCUGUUUGUGAGCAUUAAUGUGCAGAGGUUGGUUGCCAUGUUUCCUGGUAAUGUACCAGUAAGCAUAUUUCAGAAAGUACAUUUAUGAAGCACUGAUGUUGCAAAUGAUAUUUUAUAAAAAUGGGAUUUUAUAAAAAUUCUUUAUUCCAAAAAAGGGAGAAAAAACUGGAGGCAAGGUGAUUUUUGUUUAGAAUGUUUCAAGAGUUUAUAAGGAAAUUAACAUUUAAUUAACUAUUCCAAACAAUCUAAGGAUUUUUUUUUGUUACAUUGUCUUUCCAUGACUAUGUUGCACUUCCAUUUUUGCUUGCAGAUUUAAUACAAGACUUUCCUUGAAAGCAGAUUAUUCCAGUGUUUGUGGCUGUAGAUAAUUGUGCCAGUACCAUUCAGCAUUUUAUUUUGCCUCAGUAAUUCAUGCGACUUGACUAUUUUGGAACUUGGAUAAGAACUCUAUGUUAUGAUUCUCACUCAUGUUAUUACUGGUAACGUUGGAUCCCAGACAGAAACCUGGCUUGUUGAUCUGAUUUUGUUUUACCGAAGUGGUAUCUUGCUGAAUCAUAAACAUCCAAUGCUUUUGAUUGUGCUUUAACAAUAAAACAAAUGUUUGUUAACAACAGAAA